UGAGCGUACGCAGCUUGCUGCUGUGCAGGUGUUUUGCAUAAGGGAGCUCCUUGCUUUCGUCUUAACAGUGUGCCAGACGCUACCUGAAGUCAUGGCUGACCAGGUGGCUGCCAUGUGUGAUCAGCUUAUCAAAGCUGUGAAUGUGAUGAUGGAUGCGGAGACAAGCCAAAUUUAUCGACUGGAGGCCCUAAAGUUUUGUGAAGAGUUUAAAGAGACAAAUUCCUUCUGUGUCCCAUGUGGCUUACAAUUGGCCGAUAAAGCCCAACCAGCUGUAGUGAGACACUUCGGUUUGCAAAUCCUGGAGCACGUCAUCAAGUUCCGAUGGAACAACAUGCAACAACAAGAGAAGGUCCAGUUGAAGGAGUGUGCCAUGCAGCUAUUAUCAAAUGGUACCCAUUCUAUCCUGGAGGAGGAGAGCCAUAUCAAAGAUGCCCUCUCACGAAUCACAGUGGAAAUGAUAAAGAGAGAAUGGCCUCAGCAUUGGCCAGAUAUGCUGAAAGAGAUGGAGGCUCUCACUAGCCAAGGGGAGGCACAGACAGAGGUGGUUAUGUUGAUCCUUUUGAGGCUGGCAGAGGAUGUGAUCACCUUCCAGACGCUGCCCACUCAGCGACGCAGAGACAUCCAGCAGACACUCACCCAAAACAUGGAAAGCAUCUUCAGUUUCAUGAUGGCAAUUUUGCAGCUCAAUGUCGAGGACUACCGUAAACUGAAAGGAAUGCCCGGACAUGAACUGCAGGCCAGAGCUCACUGUCGAGUCGCUGUGGCUACGCUGAAUACACUUGCAGGCUACAUUGACUGGGUGUCUCUGGUGCACAUCACCUCCGGAAACUGCCAUCUACUGGAAAUAUUGUGUCUGCUGCUGAGUGAGCCAGAGCUGCAGCUGGAGGCGGCAGAGUGCCUGCUCAUCGCUAUCAGCCGGAAGGGCAAGCUGGAGGAUAGGAAGCCAUUCAUGCUGCUGUUCGAUGAUGUGGCCAUCCACUACAUCCUUUCUGCAGCACAGUCAGCAGAUGGGCUGGCGAUAUCUAAGAAAUCCUCUGAAUCACAAGCAGUGGAGGUGGUGGAGCGGCGCUACAUCUUCCUCAAGAGGCUGUGUCAGGUCCUGUGUGCUCUGGGAGGACAGCUCUGCUCAUUAGUGGGUUCAGAGGUUGAGGUUGAAGUACCUGCAAAUCUCAGCAAGUACACGGAAGCCCUUCUAGCCUUCACUACACAUUCCAGUCAGUUUUUGAAGUCGUCCACUCUGGCUACAUGGGGAGCUUUGUUCAGACAUGAGACUUUGUCGAAGGAUGCGGUCGUUGUGGAGAUGGCCGUCAAAUACCUCAGAGCGUCUAUGACCAACCUAGUCAAGACUGGGUUUCCAUCUAGAGACGAUAACCCAAGUUGUGAGUACUCCCGUGUGGACUUCGACAGCGACGAGGACUUCAACUCAUUCUUUAAUUCUUUUCGAGCGCAGCAGGGAGAGGUGCUGAGGAGUGCAUGUCGCAUUGUUCCUCUGGAGGCCUUUCAGAUAGCAGCAGAAUGGUUACAGUAUCAGAUUGCCAGCCCUAUUGACAUGGGGGAUACCACAUCUAAAACUGCAGAGGGCCUGUGCUCCCUCCUGUCUCCAUCUGUGGUCCAAUGGGAUGCGAUGACCAUCUUCAUGGAGUGCAUGGUCACACAGAUCUUCAAAAGUCUGGAAGAGGAGAAGUUGCCCAUCGAUCAGAGCAUGGAGCUGCUGCAGGCCGUGCUGAACUACGACACCAAAGACCCGCUCAUCUUGUCCUGUGUGCUCACCAACGUCUCUGCCCUCUUCCCGUUUGUCAUACACAGACCACACUUCCUGACACAGGUCCUAUACAAGCUCUUUAAAGCCAUCACGUUUGAGAUCGGUCAGGACAAUAAGGCACCUCGGACCCGGGCCGUAAAGAAUGUGAGGAGGCACGCCUGUUCUUCUAUCAUCAAAAUUUGCCGGGAUUACCCACAGUUCAUCUUGCCUUGUUUCGACAUGUUUUACAAUCAUGUGAAGAAGCUGUUCUCCAGCGACGCCACAUUGACUCACAUGGAGAAAUGUUCACUGAUGGAAGCGUUGGUGCUGAUCAGUAACCAGUUCAAGGACUUUGCAAAGCAGAAGGCUUUUCUAGACGAACUCAUGGCGUCAGUGGUGACAGAAUGGACCUCAGAUGAGAUGAGGCAUGUGCUGUGGGACCCUGCCGUGUUCCUGUCCUUCGUUGGAGCGGAUCAGGUGGUCACCGAGCAAAGCGCAGAUUCAGACACAACAGGCCUUAAUAGGGGACGGUUGAGUUUUUGUUUGUAUGCCAUGUUGGGGGUGGUGAAACGUGCACGUUGGCCUGCAGACCUGGAGGAAGCCAAGGCCGGUGGCUUUGUUGCGGGUUACACCCCUGCUGGAGCCCCCAUCUACAGAAACCCCUGCACAGCCCAGUUUCUGACCUUGCUGCCCAACCUGUUGGCUCUCAUCAGGACACACAACAGUCUGUUCAUGCCAGAGAACAUGGCGCGUCUGAGUGAGACCUUUUCUAGGGCCCAUGAGGUGAUGGAUGCAGAGAAAAAUGUGGUUCUUGGUCUCUCUCAGCAUCUUUUGGAUAUUUAUGACUCUCCAGUGUACAGAACCAACCUGGAGCGCAUGCAGGGAUUUUUCACCACAUUGUAUGACAACUGCUUCCAUGUCCUGGGGAAUGCAGGUCUGUCCCUCCAGCAGGAAUUCUACACCAUUGAGAGGUUGGCUCAAGAAAUCGCUGGCUCUGCCUUUGUCUCCCUCGACCAUGUGCCUGACCACAGACUUCGCCCUAUGAUUCGGGUGUUUUUGAGGCAGCUGGUGCAAUCAUGUCCUCAGGAGUACCACGAGAGUCUGCUCUGCCCCCUGCUGGGCCCUCUGUUCGCUUACAUGCAGCAGAGACUCAACGUCAAGUGGCAGGUCAUCAACCAGAGGACCUCAAUAAAUGGCGAGGAUGAGGAGGAGGUGGUGGGUCAGGAGAGCCAGGUGACGCAGGAGAUGUUGGAGGAGCAGCUGGUGCGCCUGCUCACUAGGGAGGUGCUGGAUCUUCUCUCUGUGAGCUGUAUUUCCAGAAAAGUGCCUGAACAUGCAGCAAAUAAGGAGGAAGUAGAAGAGGAGGACAUGAUGAUGGAGUCAGUGCAGACAGCGUCUCCUGCUCAGCCCACAGAGGAGCUGACUGAGCUGGGAAAAUGCCUGAUGAAACACGAGAACAUCUACAUGUCCCUGUUGACCCUCUCCUUCACCUCACUGUCGUGGAAGGACACCACCAACUGUCACCGAACUGCUUCCAUGGUCUGUUGGACCCUUCUGCGGCAGGUCGUAGGGGGUAAUCUUCUUCCUGAGGCGGUCACGUGGUUCUAUACCAGUGUUCUUAGGGGCCUUCAGGUUCAUGGGCAGCAUGAAGUCUGCAACUCUACCCUCUCUCAGCUGGCCAUGCUCAUCUAUGAAAACCUGCGGCCUCGCUACAUGGAGCUGAGAACAGUAAUGACCCAGAUCCCAAACAUCAGUGUGGAGGCUCUGGACCAGUAUGACCACAGGCUCAUGGACCCCAAUGCCCAGAAAGUUGGAGACAAAAAGAGAAAAGACCAGUUCAAGAAGCUCAUUGCAGGAACUGUUGGGAAAGCUCUGUGCCAGCAGUUCAGGAAGGAGGUUCAUAUCCGGAAUCUUCCAUCGCUCUUUAAAAAGCCGAAGCCAGACAAGGAUGUACAGAACAGUGAAGCAUUGGGCCUGGCAGCUCUUUUCUCCCCAGAGGAAAACACUCUGUAGGAACAUACAGCGGUUCUAACGGACUCCAUACUGACUGAAGACAGGAGUUAUGUGUACAAACCGGGGUUUCCCUCACCAUCCUCCAGCUGGGGCAGUGUGGCGCUACCCAACAUAUCUGUCAACACUUUUUUCAAUUAGUCAUCUUUUAUUUUUACCCAUAAUGUGCUGCAACACCACUCACACUGUAUAGUAUAGUACUGUAUAGUAAUAUCUUCCCACAGUCAUUUGCACAGGCGAGAUUCACACAGAAGAUCCCUUUUUUAAAUCCCAUUUCACACUUCUGCUCCAUUUCUUGUGCAUACCUUUAAGGAGGUUGUAGGAAAUAUUUCAGAUCAAAGAAUGUUUUGUCUGUGUCAGAUUUUGUGAAGGGACGAUCUAAAAAUAAUCAUUAAUAUUUGCUCUACAGCAGAAGCUCUGCUGAGCCAUAAACAAACCUUGAAAUAGGUAAAUUCUGUGUUUUGUCAUUUACUUUGGGCCUUUUAAGGGGCAAUAUUUGCUAAUGGCCCAGCAUCAUGUUCACUGAGAAUGCCAUAGACAUAUAAAACGAGGGAAUCAAACUGAGAGCCCAGCUGUGGUUCGAUAUUCACCCUAGAAAUUGGCAUCGAAAGAUAUCCACACAAGCACAGCCAGUAUACCCAGUAGCUGCAGGAGUGGCCUGUUAGGAAGGACUGUGUGUGUGUGUGUGUGUGUGUGUUUGUGUGUGUUCUGGCUCGUAUGGCUUAUGAGAGGUGGAGACCUUUUGUACUUUAAAAAAAAAAA